CCCGCGCGCGCCGCCGCCGCCGCCGUGUCCCCGCGCCUCCAAGAUGCCCGGGCAGCGGCAGGGAGGCUCCCGCGGGCCGCCGGUUCCUGACCACCUUCCCCGGUUUUGGAUGCUGAAUCAGGAUUGUGUUAACUAAAGAUGGAAACACUGGAGUCAGAAUUGACCUGCCCAAUCUGUCUGGAGUUAUUCGAGGACCCCCUCCUGCUGCCCUGUGCUCACAGCCUGUGCUUCAGCUGUGCCCACCGCAUUCUGGUGUCCAGCUGCUCCUCCAGCGAGUCCAUCGAGCCCAUCACCGCCUUCCAGUGCCCCACCUGCCGCUAUGUCAUCUCCCUCAACCACCGGGGCCUGGAGGGCCUCAAGAGGAAUGUGACCCUGCAGAACAUCAUCGACCGCUUCCAGAAGGCGUCCCUGAGCGGCCCCAACUCCCCCAGCGAGAGCCGCCGCGAGAGGACCUACCGCAACAGCCCUACCAUGUCCGUGGCCGGCGAGAGGAUCGCCUGCCAGUUCUGCGAGCAGGAUCCGCCCCGCGACGCCGUCAAGACCUGCAUCACCUGCGAGGUGUCCUACUGCGACCGCUGCCUGCGCGCCACCCACCCCAACAAGAAGCCCUUCACCAGCCACCGGCUGGUGGAGCCCGUGCCCGACGCGCACUUCCGCGGACUGACGUGCCUGGAGCACGAGAACGAGAAGGUGAACAUGUACUGUGUCGCUGACGACCAGCUCAUCUGUGCCUUAUGCAAACUGGUGGGGCGCCACCGGGACCACCAAGUGGCGUCGCUCAGCGAUCGCUUCGAGAAGCUGAAGCAAACCCUGGAGACAAAUCUCACCAACCUGGUUAAACGCAACAGCGAGCUGGAAAACCAGAUGGCCAAGCUGAUACAGAUCUGCCAGCAAGUGGAGGUGAACACAGCCAUGCACGAGGCCAAGCUGAUGGAGGAGUGUGAUGAGCUGAUGGAGAUCAUCCGCCAGCGCAAGCAGGUCAUCGCCGUCAAGAUCAAGGAGACGAAGGUGAUGAAGCUGCGGAAGCUGGCCCAGCAGGUCGCCAACUGCCGGCAGUGCCUGGAGCGCUCCACCGUCCUCAUCAACCAGGCCGAGCACAUCCUGAAGGAGAACGACCACGCCCGCUUCCUGCAGACGGCCAGGAAUGUGGCCGAGAGGGUCGCCAUGGCAACUGCAUCCUCGCAAGUCCUGAUACCAGAUAUCAAUUUUAAUGAUGCCUUUGAAAACUUUGCUUUAGAUUUUUCCAGAGAGAAGAAGCUGCUGGAGGGGCUGGAUUAUCUAACAGCGCCGAACCCGCCGUCAGUGCGUGAGGAGCUCUGCACAGCCUCCCACGACACCAUCACCGUGCACUGGAUGUCAGAGGAUGAGUUCAGCGUCAGCUCCUACGAGCUCCAGUACACCAUCUUCACCGGCCAGGCCAACUUCAUCAGUCUCUACAACUCCAUGGACAGCUGGAUGAUCGUCCCCAACAUCAAGCAGAACCACUACACAGUGCACGGGCUGCAGAGUGGCACCCGCUACAUCUUCCUGGUGAAGGCCAUCAACCAGGCAGGCAGCAGGAACAGCGAGCCUGCCCGCCUCAAGACCAACAGUCAGCCAUUCAAGCUGGACCCCAAGAUGGCUCACAAGAAGCUGAAGAUCUCCAAUGAUGGGCUGCAGAUGGAGAAGGACGAGAGUUCCUUGAAGAAGAGCCACACGCCAGAGCGGUUCAGCGGGACAGGCUGCUACGGCGCGGCCGGCAACAUCUUCAUCGACAGCGGCUGCCACUACUGGGAGGUGGUGGUGGGAUCCUCCACCUGGUAUGCCAUCGGCGUGGCUUACAAGUCAGCCCCCAAAAACGAGUGGAUCGGGAAGAACUCCUCUUCUUGGGUCUUCUCCCGCUGCAACAACAACUUUGUGGUGCGGCACAACAACAAGGAGAUGCUGGUGGAGGUGCACCCGCAGAUGAAGCGCCUCGGUGUCCUCCUGGACUACGACAACAACGCCCUCUCCUUCUACGACCCGGCCAACUCUCUCCACCUCCACACCUUCGAAGUCUCAUUCAUCCUGCCGGUGUGUCCCACCUUCACCAUCUGGAACAAAUCCCUGAUGAUCCUCUCGGGGCUGCCUGCCCCAGAUUUCAUCGAUUACCCCGAGCAGCAGGAGUGUAACUGCCGGCCCCAGGAGUCCCCAUAUGUGUCAGGAAUGAAAGCCUGUCACUAGGCUGCCCAGGCCUGCCCGUGCCCCGUGGCAGCACUGGCCAUGCCGGUGGGUGCAGGUGGCCAGAGCUGCCCACUGGCAGCCGUGCCAGAGAGCCACCGUGGCGCCCGAGCAGUCGAGCACCAACCACACCCAGCUCCACCUUACUUUAAUGGAAAAAGUGGAGGAACCUCGAGCCACAGCUGGAAAUGAACUGCUGUUGGUGAGCUCCAGGGUGUGCAAGAGUGGCUGGAGCAGCUCUUUGGUGGCUGCUCCCAUGUCUCCCCAAGAAGAUUGUCACCUGGAUGGUUCUGUCUUCCCUUGGGGGGCUGGAAAGGCCAGGGCAGGUUUCAGGGUGACCUGAGGUGCCAUGGUGGUCAGGGAAUGGCUCGUGCAUACCACGAGGCACAGAUUGGGACCAGAGGGAUGGGCUCUGGGCCUGCUGACAGCUGGUGUAGGGACACAGAGCACUGAGCAGCACUUUCCAGGGAGGACUUUCCAUGUGUUGAGGCUUGGUGGCUUCCCUGGUGGGAUGGAUAAGGCUUGGAGCGCUCGGUGAGUGCUGGCAGUGGCUGUGGGGUGGAUGGUGGCCCUGUGGAGGGAGGGUGGUGCUCUGUGGCAGUGAAGAUGGCACUGAGGGUGUUCCUGGGGCUGGCUGUGCUGCAGAUGGCAUGCUCCUGAUAAUUUUCGGGGUCCUGCAGUGGAGAGCCACGGACCCCCAGCCCACCAUCUCCUCCUUUGAGAGCUUCCCAGUAUCAAGGGAGGCCUGCAUCCUUGAGAAGCUUUGGCCCCUGGCACAGAGGUUUGGCAGCUGCUCCUUCCCAACAUAGUGUCUGGCCAGCAGUGCCCUGCUCCACAUAGGUCUCCAUUAGUGCCCUGUCUGGUGUCCCAGCAGCAAAAACUCAUCUUCCUACUCUAAGCCCACAGUAGAGUCCUGCUCAAAGACUACCUCUAUGCUCUGUGACCCAAAAUCUCAAUUAAUUACACUGAAUCUUGGCUUCUGGUUUGUUCUCCACCAUGCCAGGGGAUUGGACUGGGUGCAUUUUAAAGAUCCCUUCCAGCCCAAACUAUUCCAUGAUUCUGUGGUGGUGUGGGUGUGGAGCCAUCCUGUUUAUUCCAUGGCAGAGGACUGAGUCUGUCCCAGAGGCUCAGAGACCCUGGUUACUGGGAUCUCUUGGGCUGUCUCCAGUAUUCCCAGUAACCACAAGCACCAAGUCCCCUGGGCAAGCUCCAGUUCCCAGAUUUAUUUCAGAGGCCAAGAGGAGCUGGGCUGGCACACAAUCCCUGUUGCCACCAUGGGGGUCUGUGGCACAGUUUGGGGCCAGUGGGCAUGUGGGUGUCUGGGACAUUGUGGGGCAGGGAUUUCAGGCAUUAUGGUGGCCCAAGGCAGCUGGUGCUUGGGCUGUGCUCUGUGACAUUUGAAGCCCCUUUUCCUCCUCUACAUGUGGUGCCUCGGUGGCAGUGGGAACCACUGAGCUCUGCCACCCAGCUCUGCCAGCCUUGCUGAUGGGGAACUGCCCCUGCUUGUGUUUUCUUCCACAACAGGGUAACCCACCUGAUUGAUCCAGGGUAGCCAUGAGAUGCAAUCUGUUUGGCCUUUAGCAGGCUUUAGCAGUCUCUGGCAGGAUCCUUCUGGACAAAAUGUCCAGCCCACAGCUGGAUAAACACAUUGUGGGGUGGCUAAGUAACUGGCUCAUGGGUCAGGCACAAAGGGGGACAUCAGGCUGGCACUAGUCACUUCUGGGGUUCUGAAGGGCUCCAUCCUCAGCCUGAUUUUCAUUAACAACCUGGAUGCAGGACUGGAAGGGAUGCCAGGUCAAUUUGCUGGCAGCACUAAACUGGGAGGAGCUGUCAACUCUCUCAAGGGCAGAGAGGCCCUGCAGAGAGACCCAGGCAAAUUAGACAGAUUGGGAAUCACCAACCAUGUGAAGUUUAACAAGGGAAGGUGAUAACUUCUGUGCCUGGGAUGGGGCCACCCUGAUUGUGUGUAUGAACUGGGGAAAGAGAGGCUGUGGAGCAGCUGUGGAAGGGCCCUGGGGUACCUGGUCCAGUUGGAUCUCAGUCAGCCAGGAGGGAAAUCCCUGUUCUGGGGGCAUCAGGCCAGCUGGAGCAGGGAGGGGAUUGUCACGGUCUGGUCUGUGCUGAGGCAGCCUCACCUUGAGCCCUGAGGGGAGUUUUGUACACCACAACAUAAAAAAGGCAUGAAGAUAUUAGAGAAGGGUUGUGAGGAUGGAGAAGGGUGUGGAGGGGUCUUGUGAGGAGUGGCUGAGGUCACUUGGUUUGUUCAGCUGGAGAAGAAGAGAGGGGAGGCCUCUUUGUCCUCCUGAACUCCUCCUAAGGGGGAGUGGGAGGGCAGGUACCCAUCUCUUCAUUCUUGUGACCAGUGACAGGACUGAAGGAAAUGGCUGGAACUGAUCAGGGGAGGAUUAGGCUGGAUGUCAGGAAAAGGUUUUUCUCUCAGGGGGUGGUGAGACACUGCACAGUCUCCCCAGGGAAUGGUCAUGGCCCCAGGGCUGCCAGAGGUCAAGGGGCAGUUGAACAAUGCUCCCCAACACAGGGUGGGAUUGUUGGUGUGUCCUGUGCAGGGCCAGGAGUUCCACUCAGUGAUUCUGAUGGGCCCCUUCAAACUCAGCCUGUCCUGUGAUUGUAAAGCCCAGGCUCGGGGAGUGAGUGCCUGGCUUGGCCAGGGCUCUUGGGGAUCAUCCCAUGGGGGCUGUGCCAGAGACAGGUUGAAUUCAUCUGGAGCCAGUUCAGAAUUCAUCUGGUGACCCCUCCCAAGAGGAUGCAUGUUGGUGAGUCUGGUGGUGACAGCUUUGCCCAGGAGGAGCGUGUUCCCCAGCAUGCCAUCUCUCUGUGUGUCUGGACUGUGGUUUUUGGAAGAGGGAGGUGGGCAGCGCCUCGGGGAAGGAUCUGCUGCCGGCCCUGCCAAGCUGAGAGGGCUUUCCCUCUGAUGCAGGCUGCUCCCCGUGGUGCCUGGCAGGGCAGGCACAGGGGCUGCACCCCUCCUCCUUGGCUCCUCCUGGGCAGAGGAGCAGCUCCGUUUGCUUCUGCCAGCCCCGGGGUGCAGGAGCCCAGGAAGGGUGCAGCAGGGGCAGGCCUGCCUUCCCCACAGCCUGGCUCAUGCCCCCUUUCACUCUGGGAAGUUGGAUCACCCUUUGAAGUUGGAUGUUUUUCAUGGGAAGGUCUCAUGGAAGUCCCUUCCACAUCUGCCGGCCCCGUGUGGCUGCUCGGCCUGUGCCACCCCAGGGGGACACCAGGCCCUGCAGGGGAAUGGCCGCCCUGGCAAUGCCAAGGACGGUGCUGGCACUGCUGGGAUGGGCUCGGGGAGCAUCCUCAGCCCAGAGACCAUGAGCCCUUAAUGUGACAUUUGCACCUGACGAAAUUGCACUAAUUGUGGGACCCCCUGGCCCCCACACACGUCUCACACCCGGCCAGAUGGGGACUGGGGGAGCCCCACACCCCGAGCAGGGGCUGGGGGCCUUUCCCAGUCACCCACAUUGUCCUCUUGUGGUACUGAAAGCAGAGCCCACCCGAUUGUCACCGUGAUUUGGGGAGCACAGCUCCAUCCUGGGCCCUGCUGAGGGCAUGGAGGGAGGGCAGAGUGCUGCUGCUGGUUCCUCUGCUCCUGGUGACACCCACGUUCAAGCUCGGGGUGUGUGGACUCCUGGCUCCCCUCAGCCUCCCCUUCCACAUGUAACAUUCCUGCUUCCAUUUUACUUGGGGGAGGGCUGUUCUUCCUGUUGGGUUUUUCCCUUUUUGUUGUUUUUUUUGCAACUUCUUUG